ACUUAAAGAGAGCAACUCCUGGCUGUAAUAGAGACUGGCUGGACCAGCAAAGAUGACAGGUCGAGAGGAAUGAGUCUUUGCUCAGGCACCCUCCCAGCACCAUGUGAGAAAGCUGCUGACAGGCAACCCGACCCACUGGAGAGAAUCGCUUCCUCUUUACUGUCCGAGUUGGUCCCAAGUGCCAGGAAGAUGGAACCAAGCUUGCUGAUGUGGGGAUUAUUCACAUUCAUCAUGGUACCUGGCAGCAUGACAGAGUUUUGUGAUAAUGAACCACCGGAGAUCAGUUAUGCCACCUUCAAAGCCUUGUCUUUCGUUAAUGGCACCAUGUUAACCUGCGAGUGCAAGAAAGGGUUCCGCAGAAUACAAAAUGGGUCUCCCUAUAUGCUUUGUACAGGAAACUCUUUCUGGGAAAACAAGUGCCAGUGUGUAAGCUCUCACCCUAGGAACACAGGGAAACAAGUUACACCUCAACCUGAAGAACAGAAAGAAGGGAAAACCACAAAAAUGCAAAGCCAAUUGCAGCCUGUGGACCAAGUGAACCUUGCAGGUCACUGCCAAGAGCCCCCUGCGUGGGAACAUGAAGACACAAAGAGAACUUAUCAUUUCAUGGUGGGGCAGACACUUCACUAUCAGUGCAUCCAGGGGUACAAGACCCUACACAGUGGCCCUUUCCUGAGCGUCUGCAAAACUAUCCGUGGAGGAACAAGGUGGACCCGACCCCGGCUCACAUGCCUGGAUGAAAAUGAGCUCCAUCUGUUUACAGGUGAAGUUGACAUUCAAACAAGCACAAAUGAUCUUCCUGAGAGUGAGACUUACCACACCAUUACCACAACAGAUUUCCAACAACACUCAGAAGUAGCAACAACCAUGGAGACGUUCUUGUUCACGAUGGAGUACCAGAUAGUAGUGGCCGGCUGUGUCUUCCUGUUGAUCAGCAUCUUGCUUCUGAGUGGACUCACCUGGCAGCGGAGAUGGAAGAAGAGUAGAAGAACCAUCUAGAAAACCCAGAGUGGUGAGAAGCCAAGAACAGCCAACAGAAGUCAUGAGGCAGAAGCAAAGUCAGAGAGGUCAAACGCUCAUCUCGCAUCUCGCAUCUCACAUCUCUUGGCUUUGGGGAACCUCUGGAUUCACAUCACAGGACAUCAGGCAGCUGCUGCCAUAUCACUAAGACAAUCUGUACCAUCAAAGAGGGAGACCUGCCCACUUCUAUCCAGAAUUUCCAAGGUCUUUAAAGGGAAACGGAACUCUUUGACUUAUCUUUGUGGACAUGGGUUGAUUAAAGAUAGAACAGCAUGGAAUGUUCUCCAUAUCCUAUACAAUAUAAAGUAACUUUGUGUUGACUUCAUCCCAAUUUCCCAGUUUGGAAAUCCCAGGUAAAGCCUUAGCACUAACAUAAGUAGUCUCCCUCCCAUGCCACCCCGUGUGCCUGGAUCUCAUCUGUGGGGACCUUUCCCAGCUCCGGUUGGCUAGUCCAUUCUGAUCACUUUGUUUACUAAACAACCUUUAAGAACUCUGGGCUGGCGACUAGCACACUGAGCCUAGCUCAAUACUGUAACGCAAACCUUUUCUUUUGAGGCUUCAGAUUUGAAUCUCUAAAGAAAAAAAGCUGUGGCAGAAUCAUUUGUGGAAAAUAUCAAAAUAAGGCAGCUAAUCCCUUGGAAUUGUGAAGCUUCAAUAUUGGAGAGGAUUCGAGAGGAUUUCAAAUAUUGAAUGCUAGUGUCAGGAACAGGAGGGUAAACUAUGUUCCAGAGAAUGAAUUAUACUUAUCAAAAUACUUUACUUGUAUCUUAUUAUCAGGCCUCUUUAAGAGUUGGCUUCUUUGGGAUUGCUGUAAAUUACACUCAGAGCUGGGCCUACACUAAUUUGAUGUUUACUGGUAGACACACAAUGUACAAAUGUGCACAUUUCCCAAUACAUGUCAUAAAAACA